UCCCAUCUCUAUCUCCCUCACCUUCUCAUCAUCAAAAGUUUCCAUCUUUUCUCCUCAUUCAAACCCUUUAAUCCCACCCAAAUGGAGGACAAUUGCAGCCCUCAUUCUGCCAUAGGUUGGGGAUCCUUCUACCAGGACGAGCAGGUCAUAGAGGAGUUCAAACAGUAUGUUCUGUACACAUCAGAGCUGGAGACCACAAUUGUGUCAGCAAGAGAAGAGAUCGCCAACAGAGACCUCGAAAUCCUCCACCUCAAGGAGCUCCUGAGCAACACUACCAAGGAGAGGAACGAAGCCCGGCUGCAAUGUCAGAAGCUAAUUCUUGACAAGUCCACGCUCCAGCAGCAGCAGCAGCAGCAGCUCCUCCUCCUCCACCACCUCAAGCUCAAACACAAAGAGGCAGAGGAGGAAGCCACCGCCCCUGCCUCUGUUUCCUCUGGCGCGUCUAUUACUCCGGAUGAGCAAUUGGCAGCGCCUGCGGCGAUUGAGGGCUCCCCGGCGGAAACCCAACAACGCUGUGGCGCCGAGGUCGAUGACGUGGUGGAGAAAUUGGCGGCGGACAGGACAUUGCCGGAGAAAGGGAAGCUGCUGCAGGCGGUGAAGGAUGCAGGGCCGUUGCUGCAGACGCUUCUGCUGGCUGGUCCUCUGCCUCAGUGGCAGCAUCCCCCGCCUCAACUCGACGCUAUUGAGAUCCCGCCCGUUACCAUUCCUUCUUCUUCUUUGUCUUCUCCGGCGGCGGCGGCGGCGGCGGUAGGCAGGUUGAUCCACCAGGAAUCUUUCAGCAGCUCGAGUAGUCCUCCUUCUAAUGCUUGUUUCGGCGUCAAGAGGAGCCUUGAACUCUGCGAUUCCCCUGCUUCCCCUAACAAGAAGUGUCACAAGCUCGAUCUUCUCCAUUGACCCAAAUCCAAUCAAUUGAUAGUCCCAAGUGUAACAUUAGAACACAUUAUUUGUAACACUAAGUCUAGUCCAGUCUCUGAUUUUACUUUAAGUUAUAUAUAUAUAUCACGAGCGAGAAUCGUUAACUCGUUCCACACUCUCUCAAUUCGCGGGGAACUGAGAGCGCGUGUUUCAAUCGUUCGAGUGUAAUUUUCGGGUUCUUGAAUUUUCCAGACAAGUAGUUAGGAGUAGGUGGGAGGGAGGUUGGGAUGGUGUAGCCAAAAGCUAAGUGUGCUAGCUGCUUUCAUUUUUUUCUUGCUAAAUGUUAAAGCAAAAGAUGUUGUUGUUGUAUGAAAUGAUGGUAAGUAUGACCAUGGAGAACAAUCAUGGAAGA